AUGUCUUGGUUCAGUUACUGGGGCCAAAUCUGCCGGAAUGCGAAGGACGCUACGCGUGGACUCGAGGACCGUGUAACGGACAUGCCGUCGGUGCUCUCGGAACCCUUGGAAUGGCUCCACGAUGAUUCGUUGGCGACACCGCCUCCGGAGCCUGCUGCACCUGAGGAACAUCAUAUGCUCCUACGCCUGGUUGCUCCUGCUAUGCACAAGAGAGGGGAAUGGUGUCAUCAGCAGAAAAAUUCUCCGUUCGGCCUCGUGAUAUUCGGUCGUGGAGCCCGACUUGGGGCAACGAGCGGCGAACGUCGGGAGUCGGGACUGCUGUACAACGGCGCUAGCGGGGAGGCCGGCGUCAAAGCGUCCCAACGGCACCGCGUCAUUAGGGUGCGUGUGCACCACGGUGACUCGCGGUCGACCUUGCGAGGGACCGUCGCUGUGUGUGCACCAGCGGGUCCAAUGACCAAUCAACUUUUCCAUCGGUGGCCAUUCACGGACGUUCAUGGACGAGUCGGCCCUUCGAGGGAUUACCUGACUUACUCCAGCAAUUGCACGUCCGAUGAAUACGAGAGCCUGCCCAUCCGAGACCGAGAGGUGGAUUGUAAUGCGCCUUACGACACUGUGCACUCUUGUCUCCAUUCGACCUCUGGGCGAGCUUACGGAGGUGAGAAGGAGGUUGCAAUUGCGCUGGUCCUGCCAGUCACAGUCUACUCAAGGGGCAAGACGGUCAGUAUAUCGGCCGGGAGGACAUGUGCGCACCUGCACUGUGACCUGAGUGGAGAUGGAUCUCGAUUCUCGAUGUGCAUACUCAUCGAAUUGGGAUUGGAAUGUUCAAUGGAGAGGGAGUUGAUUGGCGAAGACCGUACCCGCCGGGAAAGCCAAUGGGACCGUCAGGUCAGGAUCAGUAUGGAAAACCACGACUCGGAUGGACUCGAGCCUUCGUUCGUGUUCGUGUUUGUGUUCUUGUUCGUGUUCGCUUUUGUCCUCGCCUACGUAUUGUCUUUCGGAUCCGCGGAGGUGUGGGUAUGGGCCACUGUGCCAGAGGGCGUUCAUGAUCGAUGCUGUAUUGUCUCCGUCGUUGUCGCUGGAAUGCGAAUCAGAAGGGUGCAAGCGCACACGGUUCCACUGACACUCGAGAACGCUGAAGCUGUGGACACUGGAAAAGCUAACUUUGGCUUGACUGAGCCUUCUAGGGCCCUGGGACCUAUAGCUCAGUGUCGAGAUGAUGUGGCGUGGAAUUCCAUUCGACUGGAAUAG